CGUUUCAGCAAAAAAAAACGGAUGUUUUUCUGAUUUCUCUUUCGUUUUCUAUGCGACUUCAAAAGUAAGUGAAAUUUCAGUCGCUUUGAUCUCUCAAUUUUGACUUCUGCUACAAUGGAGUUUCAGUUUCUUGACUCGCUUAUUGCUGAUACUAGAGGGUCUAUAGAUUCAGAUAAUGAGGCAGAAUCUGAUUUAGAUUUAGAUAAUUUAGACCUAGAUCUAGAAGUAGAAUCUGAUAGCGAUACUGACGGUGAUAUAGAUCUAGAUGUAAACAAUUCUGUUAGUGUUAGUACUGUAACUGAAGCUAGUCCUAAUGAUAAUGUCGCUGAUCCUAGAUCUAGUACUGAAUCUUUAUCUUGGACCAAUACUUUGACCAGUGUUUCAGAUCAAAUGCUACCAUUUGAAGAAAUAGUUGGGGGUGUUCACUAUCUAGAAGAAGACUGCAGUCCUUUAGAUUAUUUCAAAUUAUUUAUUACGGAUGAAAUGAUAGGGUUGAUGGUUACAGAAACCAAUAGAUAUGCAGAGCAACAGCAGGUAGCAAAAGGCCAGAGGGAUUCCCAGUGGAAACCAGUGACUGCUCAAGAUAUUUACACCUUCCUGUACAUCAAUAUUAUGUUUGGUAUUCAUUGGAUUCCAAGUACUAAGCUCUACUGGUCCUCGGACAAAAGCUGGAGGGUGCCAGCAAUAGCUGAUGUAAUGGGCCGCACUCGGUUUGAAAAGAUCAGGCAAUAUUUUCACCUCAAUGACAGUGCACACUUUCCACCAAGAAAUAGUGACAACUAUGACCCAUUGUACAAAAUUAGGCCUCUACUGGAUCAUGUAAGGAGUACAUGUCAAGCAGUAUACAAACCUCAGCGCAAACUGAGUGUUGAUGAGGCAAUGGUAGGCUUUCGUGGUCGCCUCGCUAUGAAGCAGUAUUUGAAGAACAAGCCUACUCCUUGGGGCAUCAAGAUUUGGUGUUGUGCAGAAGCCUCAUCAGGCUAUGUACUAAAUUUUAGGGUGUACACAGGCAAAUCAAAUUAUUCAUCUCCCAAUGGCCUGGGAUACAAUGUGGUCAUGUCGAUGACUGAGCCAUACUUGGACAAAUACCAUGAAGUGUAUUUUGACAAUUUUUUUUCCUCUUUGAAGUUAGCUGAGGACUUGUUGGAAAGAAAGACCUAUAGCUGUGCUACCAUCAGAGCUCGUAGAAAGGGUUGGCCUCUGCCUAAAUCAAAACAAAAGAAAGGAGAUUUGAAGAUGAGACAGAAAGGGCUGAUUGUUGCUACACAGUGGACCGAUAAGCGGCAAGUCAAUAUCCUGUCCACAAACUCGGACCCUGUCAUGACCACAGUUGAGCGUAGGUCUAAAACAGGCAUGCUAGAUGUGGAAAUACCUCUACCAGUUGUCAAUUAUAAUAGUGGCAUGUUUGGAGUAGACCUGGCAGACCAGCAUCGUUCAUACUACCCAGUUGGACGUGUAAGCAACAAGUGGUGGAGAUACAUGCUAUGGUAUCUGAUAGACAUCUCUAUGAUCAACAGCUUUUUAUUGAUGAAAAAAUCUAGACUCAAUGAUUCUACAGAUUCUUUAUCUCAAAAUCACUUAUUGUUUCACAAGAAAGUAGCUGAUCAGCUUCUGACAGCAGCAACAAGAGUUACACUACUAGACACACCAAGUGUUGCAGGAAGAUCAAAGCCAUACAACAGCCAUCACAUGUUGCAGCCUAUGCCUGGCCGAAAACGCCGCUGCUUUCAGUGCUCUAAAGAUGGGAACAAAACAGCAAGUGGCAGAACCAGUGAGACCAGAACUGGGUGUCAUAUGUGUCAAGUUCAUCUUCACAGAGGACUCUGUUAUUCCAAAUUUCAUGAGUUUCUCAGGCAGCAGUAAAGUAGAAAAGCAAAAACUUUUGUGUUUAUGUUGAUUUUUAUCAUUUAUUUGUUUAUAAAAAUAAUUGAAAAUAUAUAUUUUUGGAAAGGUCAUUCAUUUCUCUUUUUUUUAAAGAUUUUUUAAAAGUAAUUAGAUGAUAUUUAGUAUUUUUAAUAAAUUUUUUUGUAAGAUGACUCUAUGUGAAAAUUAGAGUUACCUCCCUUUGCUUAGUAUUUCAGGCAAUGAAGCUGGGGUAAGGGCCUAGUAGCUAAUGAG